GACAGAGAGGGGGAAGGAAAGAAUGAAGAAUUUUUAUUUGCUUCCAUUCCUUCUUCUUCUUCAUCUUCUUCUUCUCUAGUUGGAAUUUGAUUUUGAUUACUGUUCGGUAUAGCGCACUAUGAAGGAAGAAGAUGAUUGUUGGUGCACUCAACUCAUCGAUGAGAAAGGUAACUUCAACGUUGAUGGCCUCCAUAGCUUCAUCACCAGCACUAACUUCUCUCACUGUGCCCUUUCUUAUGCUGUCGUUUCUGUCAUGGGUCCUCAAAGUAGCGGAAAGAGCACCUUACUCAAUCAUCUUUUCCACACAAAUUUCAGAGAGAUGGAUGCAUUUAAGGGAAGAUUUCAAACGACCAAGGGGAUUUGGAUAGCCAAAUGUGUUGGGAUUGAACCAUUCACAAUUGCUAUGGAUUUAGAGGGUACUGAUGGAAGAGAGAGGGGUGAGGAUGAUACCGCUUUUGAGAAACAGAGUGCUCUUUUUGCUUUGGCAAUAUCUGACGUCGUUUUGAUAAACAUGUGGUGUCAUGAUAUAGGCCGGGAACAUGCUGCCAACAUACCACUUUUGAAAACAGUUUUUCAGGCCAUGAUGCGUUUAUUCAGCCCGCGCAAGACGACGUUACUUUUUGUCAUUCGUGAUAAAACAAAGACCCCAUUUGAGCAUCUGGAGCCUAUUCUAAGAGAUGAUAUCCAAAAGAUUUGGGAUGCAGUACCAAAACCACAAGCUCAUAAAAAUACUCCUCUUAGUGAAUUCUUUAAUGUGGAGGUUACUGCUUUGUCAAGCUAUGAGGACAAGGAGGAUAAAUUUAUAACAGAGGUUGCUCAAUUGCGGAAGCGUUUCUUUCAUUCUAUAUCACCUGGAGGUCUUGCUGGCGAUCGGCGUGGUGCUGUGCCAGCUUCUGGAUUUUCUAUUAGUGCACAGAAUAUAUGGAAAGUCAUACGAGAGAAUAAGGAUCUUGAUCUUCCAGCUCAUAAGGUGAUGGUUGCCACCGUGCGUUGUGAAGAGAUAGCUGAUGAAAAGUUUAGCCGCUUGUGCUCUGAUAAGGUUUGGUUGGCAUUGGAGAAAGCUGUUCAACAAGGUCCAGUACGUGGUUUUGGGGAAAAGCUGAGCUCAAUUAUUGAUGCCUAUCUAUCACAAUAUGAUGCAGAGGCAAUGUUCUUUGAUGAAGGUGUGCGAAAUGCAAAACGGCAGCAUUUGCAGUCCAAGGCACUUGAUUUUGUGUUCCCUGCUUAUACAACAAUGUUGGGCCAUCUACGUUCUAAAGCUCUAGAUAGUUUCAAGAUUAACUUGGAACAAUCACUAAACAGUGGAAAAGGUUUUGCUGCAGCUGUUCGCAUGUGGACUCGAUCAUCUAUGCUUGAGUUUGACAAAGCAUGUGCUGAUGCUGCUGUAAGACAGGCUAGCUGGGAUGCUUCCAGAGUGCGAGACAAACUUCGUCGCGAUAUUGAUUCACAUGCUAUGUCUGUGCGCAAUGCAAAAUUAUCAGCAAUAAUGAAUAAUUUUGAGGAACAACUGGCCAAGGCCUUGGUUAAUCCUGUGGAGUGCAUAUUUGAAACUGGGGAAAAGGAUACCUGGCCUUCAAUUCGAAAACUUCUUAAACGUGAGACUGAAGCUGUUGUAUCUGAAUUUCUGUCUUCCGUUUCUGGUUUUGAGCUUGAUGAAGAAACAACUGAAAGAAUGCAACAAAGCUUAAGGGACUAUGCAAGAAAACUGGUGGAGAACAAAGCAAGAGAUGAAGCUGGGAAGAUUCUUAUUCUUAUGAAAGAUAGGUUCUCUACUGUCUUCAAUCAUGACAAUAAUUCAAUCCCUAGAGUUUGGAGUGGGAAGGAAGAUAUUAAAGUUAUUACACAGGAAGCUCGCACAGUGUCCCUUAACCUUCUAUCGGAUAUGGCUGCCAUACGCUUGGAUGAGAGGCCAGAUCAAAUUGACAGUAUACUCCGUUCAGCUCUCAUGGAUGGAACUGUUUCUGUUGCAUCUUCAAGCAGAGGAGUUUCUACUGAUCCACUGGCCUCAAGCACAUGGGAGGAGGUUCCUCCAAAAGAUACACUUCUCACUCCAGUGCAAUGCAAGUCUCUGUGGAGGCAGUUCCAGAAAGAGACAGAGUAUACAGUUGCUCAAGCUAUUUCGGCUCAGGAGGCGUACAAGCGAAGCAACAAUUGGUUACCCCCUGCUUGGGCUAUACUGGCAAUGGUUGUUCUUGGUUUUAAUGAAUUUAUGCUGCUUCUAAAAAAUCCGCUUUACUUGCUGGUUACGUUUGUUGUCUUUGUACUUGGGAAGGCCAUUUGGGUGAACAUGAAUAUAGCGGGAGAGUUUCGAAAUGGCACUCUAGCUGGGAUACUAUCGAUUUCAUCAAGGUUUCUUCCCGCCGUUAUGAACCUUAUGAAACGUCUCACUGAAGAUGCUCAAGGAUUUACAUCGCCUGAAGGAAUGAGAAAUUCUUGAGUGCUUUUGGAGAAUCAUACAUAAGUUAUUACUUAUUAGUCUAGUCAUGACAAAAUCUCUAAGGUUUGUUAGAUCAUAGUUUAUUAGUGUAAAAGAACUCUCACUAUACAAACUUGACUCGGGCAAAACACCACACAAAGUUCCAAAAUAUGAGUUCUCUAUGUGGUAGAUUUUGUAUUACUGUAUAUAUACAGUAGUUUGUGCUAUAGUCUGCAUAUGUAGAAUGAAAUAAACAGUUAUUUGAGUUCUAAUGAGUAACUAAC